UGAGGGGUUUCUGGGAAAGCUGGUUGGGAAAGCUGCAGUGUCACAGCCCCAUCCCUGUCCCCCCUUCCAGCAGCAGCCCCAGGCCAGGCACGUCCCUGGCACGGCACGGCACAGCCAGGGAGCAUCCUGAGCCAGGCAGUGUUUCUGCUGGUGACUCAGCAUCCUGGAAAGGGAAUUGGAAGCCUGGGCUGCUUUGUUUCCCCAGGUCAUUAUUCCAAAAUGUGAGAGCUCCACUAACGCACAUGGAUUCUGUGCCCUCACGUCGCUGUCCCGGGCACUGACGUCACCCUGUCACUGCUUAAUCCAAUCUGCCUGGUUUUCAGGGAAGUGUUUAUCCAGAAGAAAAUGGCAUAAACACCACAGUACAGAUUCAAGAGUGCAGCCCCAAACUUUUGAAGUGGCAGGAGCUUGCAGAGCUGCUGCCCUGCGCACAUCCCGUUUGGUCUUGUGUGGGAAUGACAGCCAACAUUCCCAGCUUUAGUGACUCAAAUACUUGCCACCUAUAACAGGUGGGCCAUGGGCAGUCUGGAAGUCGGGAAUCUCCAGUUGGGGAUGUGGCCAGGUGACCUGGGGAGGCCUUGUCACUGCACCCCCUCCCACCAAAUGGCCACUUACCCCCACUGGCAACACCUGGUGAGGAAAAUCCAGAAAGAUCCGGGAGCUUUGACCUCAUACAUGAACCACUGACUCAUCUGUCUGCAUCCAGGGGAUCCCAGGGAUAAUCUGGAUCCUGUCCAUGUGUGCUGGUUUGUCCUUUGGGAUAAAGAGUGUCUGUGGGUCCUCUUUUGACACCUCACACACGGAGCCAGGGGGCUGAGGGGGCUUGUGCUGUGUCCUCUCCAGCACAUGGGAUGGGUGGAUGGAUGCUGGGCCUCGAGGUAAGGAAUGUGUCCAGCUUUUCAGGGGAAAAAAAGUGGGCUCUGGUCAUUGCAAGCUUGCCUGGAUUUAGGAAUCCUUUUGUGACGGUCUCGAAGCAGCCUCAGACGAGACGGAAGGAAGCCAAGAGUCCUCAUGGGGAUAACAUUCGGUGUGGUCUGAAAUGGGACCCUCCCUGUGGAGAGGGCAGAGGUGGCCGGCUCCUGCUUCCACACACGGGAGAGUCCGGCUCACCUGGAACAGGUCUCCCACCUGUGGUCACACCGAUUUCAUGGAGAGCAUGGCCAAAGAGGAAAAGAGGAAGAGCCAGGAAGCCUCGUGGAAAGGAGCCUUGGCUGCAGGAGGAGGCAGCUCCCCUUACCCAGGCAGCAUUUUUGGUGCAGUCAAAACUUGCUGUGUUUUGUCCCUGAAAAUGAACUUCCUACCAGGAAGAUCAUGGGAGCAUCUCCCAGUGCUGCCCUCCUUGGAUUCUUGCCAGAGCAGGGAGCCUGCAGCCAGCCUUGAGCUGGCCCUGUGGGUGGCUGUGGGUGUUCCUGGGAAUUACAGGUCCUCUGGAAUGUCACGCUGCUCCGUGGCCUCUGACCCCACCUUUUCUCAGGUUGUGUGGGUGUUUAUUCCCCACAAAACAGCAAUUAUUCCAUUUUCUCCCAGCAAAGUGUUUCUCCUGCUGUCUGAAGUUGCUCCUUGCUGCCCUGGAAGUCGCCUGACAUUAAGGCUGUCCCGCUCGCAGGGAGCGUUUGCCAUGGACACGGGGCACGUAAGCAGAUCGCGCUUCAGUGCGGCCUCCAGCCCGCCGCGGUGGGAGAUCGGGCUCUACGCCGCCGGCGCCUUGGCGCUGCUGGGAAUCGCAGCCAUCAACCUGUGGAAGCUCUGGCGCUCCGGGAGCUACCCGGCCCCUUCCCCCUUCCCCAACUAUGACUACCGCUACCUGGAGCAGAAGUACGGAGCGGCGUGCCCGGACAUCAGGAACAAGCGAGGGCUGGCCCCGGGCUCGCAGCGGGCGCCAGGUCGGAGCUCUUCGUCCCGCAAGAGCAGCCUGAGGGCAGAGGACGCCUUGGAGAGCAUCCAGGAGCUGGGCAGCCUGGAGCUGAUGGGCAGAGAGCUGGGCCUGGCCCACUACGGCCCCCUGCGGAAAUCCAUCUCGGCCGACUCCCUCAACUCCAUCUCGUCCAUCGGGAACAACUUCGGGCAGGAUUUCACGGUGGGGCAGGUGGAGGUGUCCAUGGAGUACGACGGGAGGGCGGCCGCGCUGCACGUGACGCUGCUGCAGGGCAAGGACCUGCUGGAGAAGGAGGAUGCGCGCUUCGAGUCCUGCUUCAUGCGCAUCAGCCUCCUGCCGGCCGAGCAGAUCGUCGGCAUCUCCCGGAUCCAGAGGAGCUCCUACUCUGUGGCCUUCGACGAGCGCUUCUCGGUGCCGCUGGAUCCGGCGGCGCUGGAGGAGAACAGCCUGCGCUUCUCCGUCUUCGGCAUCGACGAGGACGAGCGGAGCGUCAGCACCGGCGUGGCCGAGCUCAAGCUCUCCGACCUGGACCUGGCCACGCGCCCCUUCAACGCCUGGCUCUACCUGCAGGACACCAACAAGGCGGUGGACACGGUGGGGGAGAUCCUGCUCUCCCUGAGUUACCUGCCCACGGCCGAGCGGCUCACGGUGGUGGUGGUCAAAGCCAAGAACCUCGUGUGGAGCAGUGGGAAGGUGACCGCAGAUCCCUUCGUCAAGGUGUACCUGCUGCAGGACGGGAGGAAGAUCAGCAAGAAGAAGACAGCAGUGAAGAGGGGAGACACCAACCCCGUGUUCAACGAGGCCAUGAUCUUCUCCGUGCCGGCCAUUGUGCUCCAGGAGCUGUCCCUGCGCGUGACGGUGGCCGAGAGCGGCGAGGACGGCCGCGGUGACAACACGGGCCACGUGCUCAUCGGGCCGGCGGCCAGCGGGAUGGGCACCACGCACUGGAACCAAAUGCUGGCCACGCUCCGCAAGCCCGUCUCCAUGUGGCACCCGCUCCGCAGGAAUUAGGCCGGAUCCUGGGGACAGCGGGCCCGGAGCGGGGACUUGGUGGCACCCUGCAAGGCCGAGCUGCCGGCACUGAGGGGCCCAAAAUACCCGGAGCAGGGACAGAGCGGCUCCGUGGGGACGUUCCAGGUCGCCCUCACGCGCGUUGGGCCGGACCUGCCGGAAAGGAGCUCAAAUGGACCGAAACCAGCAGGAACCUCCCCAAACCGCGGCUCCUCCGCACGCUCCCGAUGGCCUCGAACUCCACGGAAUCCUCAAACGUGGACUCUGAGCGAGGGAGAGCGGGGGAUUCCUUUGGAAGGUGGUUUUGGGGCAGGAAUCAUGAGGGGGUUGAUAAAAGCCAGCCUGGCGUGGGCGGUGAUCCUGAGGGGAUCUUUUGUACUGACUUUGGUGCGCCGUGCCAGGGUUGGAAGGUUUCCAGCGAGAAUGGAAAAAGGGAGCAAUAACAGCAGAAAAUCAAUUGUUACAUGCGGCUUCUCCUCCCGUCUGUUCCCCCCACACAGUGAAUCCCUGCCCAUCUCCACUGGCUGCACAGGCAGGGAUUGGUUUCCAACCUCUUGGGUUUGGGGUCAGAUCCACGCUGGGAAUCAUCCCCUAAAGGUCCAGUAGGAUCAGGGGCAGACACUUUUCCAACCCAAACUCGCCCUCAAAGUGCUCGGGACAGCACUGCAUAUUCCUGCUCCUUAACACAACUCUCACAGCUGGGGAUUGCUUUUUCCAGCCCUUAAUCCUGCACUUGGGUUGUGACUCACCCUGUAACCCAAUUUAUCCAAGAUUUGGGCAGAGAGAGGAACAUCUUGGCCUUGUGACCUGAGGCAGGUGGGAAAGGUCCCCAGUUUCAUAAUUUUUAGGACCUACUGUUUCAGGAAGAAGGGAGAGGAAAAGCCUGCAUGAAUCUUGUCUGCUGGCGGGCUCUGGCCCAAGCCGGUUUGGGAUUUUGGGGGAGAUAAUUCCCACUCUGGUUUGUGGAGGGUGAUGGAGCCCCUCAUGGCACAGGCUGGAGAGCAGAGGAUGCACUGGGGCCACAUUCCCUUGCCUGGGGCCUUGGCUUUUCCAUGCCAGCAGGAUGCUGCUGGGGAGCCAGGCUGGAAAAAUCUGGGGCUCUCUGAGGCCCUGUGCCAUGAAAUUGGCACCAUGGGAUGAGCAUCGGCUGGGAUGUGGCUGCUUGGAGGAUCUGGGCAGGGAAAAAGGUGUACAAGAGCCGUUUAUCCAUUUUUCCCUGAUUAAAAACUGACUCCAAGGUGAGUUAUCCCCUGA